AUGCCAACUCCGAGCGGCUUAGAUGGCAAGCUGGUGAGCGUGAAUUUGCACAGCAGCCCAGUGAAAGUCACGGAAGUUGAGCUGCCCGAUCGCCUGGAGCACUUAGUGGCGGAGCACUUCAAGCGCCUGCAGCAGGAGCUCCAGCAGGACUACGGGGAUCUCCGUCUGCGCCUGGAGGCCGUGGAGAGGCACCUUGAGCCGGAGACUUCGCGGCAGGCCAGCGCCGCUUCGCUCGAGAGCUCCCGGAAUGCGAACAAUGCAAACAUGCAGAACAACGAGGACCCGAGCCCCUCGAAUCCGUCAACUGUCGAGGUCAAGGCGGAGGUUGACGAGAAGGUGGAGAAGGUGGAGAAGGUGGAGAAGGAGGUUGAGGAGAUCACGGAGGUCUGCUUCGAGGAGAGCAUCUGGACUGUGCCCAUGAUGCUGGGCCUCAGAGAGCCCAGCUUUGGCUGGUUCGACUCCAUCUUUGCAGCCACCCUGGUGUUGCUGAACCUGGCCAUGCAAGCCUCCUUCUCGGCCAUUCUGCUGACCCGCGCCUUCAUGGGUGACGACUUCGAAACCAAGAUUCGGGGUGCGGAGGUGUGGCGCACCAGUGUGGCCCACGACUUCAAGCACCUGGACUUGGCAGACACCAGCUUGGUGUCGCGAGUUUGCCUAGGCGAUGAAGCCUUGAUCCUCUCCACGACUCAGGCGACCUUGAUUGAUCACAUCAAUAGCUUUCUAGGCAUGGACAAGGAGGACUUCCAGCAGUCAGCCUUCCAACCGGGCAUUCUGCUGUGCAUGCUUUGCAUCGUCUUGUGGACGCUGUGCGUGUACAAGGAGUUUCGGUUGAUAUGGGUCCAGAUGGAGAUCACCUUGUCCAUUCCGAUGUCGCGCAGGACCUCGUAUUACAGAAACAGAUUUCGCAGCUUGUCUCGGGCGCGGCGGGCACUUCUCCUUGUCAUGUACCUUGCACGGGCCAGCAUUGCCGGCAUCUUGCUGGUAGCCGGUAUCCUAUGGCUAGCUCGCACCACAUCCAUCCAAGAGCUGAUGCUGAAUGCCGUCGCUCUGAACUCCAUCCUGGACGUUGAUGAGUUCCUUUUCAUUGGCAUGACACCCGCCAAGAUGCAGGAGGCUAUGCGGAAGCUGAGGCCGAUGCGGGUGGACUAUAGCCAUGUCCGGAGCCAACGGGAGUCAGUGUUUCAUUUCGUUACUCUCAUGUCGGUAGUGUGUAUAUCCUACCUUCUGCUUCUAGUGCCUCUGCAGCAAGCGAUGCUGACAGUGAAGAGGGAGAUGUGCUACGGCAACCAGACCUUCGUGGUCUCGCACAAUACGGAUACGCAAAGGACCAUUGGUCUGGUUACCGUGGAAUCCAGGGAUCUGGGCAAUGACUCCAUCAGUGAAGUCGCGGUGCAAGCACACAAGGGGACGUCGCCUGAUACGACGCCGGGCUCUUUCUCCACCUACAUCGCCUUCGCACCCGACAUCGAUGCGUUUCAGGAGCGGAGGUCGCGCACGAUGAGGGAGGAGGCUACCACGUAUCCCUUCUGCGUGGAAGCCCGUCUGCUGAACAGCAGCGGCGACAUGUAUGGAGAUCCCUCGAUGCAGCCCCUGGCUACUCAGCUGAUAAACACUGCGGCAGCCACUGUCGGGCUGCAGGGAGCAUCCUCCUGCCAGGAGAUGAAGGGAAGCUGCCAUCGGCUCAAUGCGCGCUUGUUGCGCCUGGUGUGUGGAGAGACCUGUGGAUGCACGGACCCCAGCAGCGCGCCUUGGUACAAGACGGAAACGCAGGGAUGCGCUUCGACGUGCCUCCGAAUUGCACGAAGGAGUCUGGCCAGGGGCAGCUGUCAAGAUGUGGAACGCACCCACGAGGGAUGGCAAAGCUUUUGGUCCAUGUACCCUGUUGUUGCCACAGCCUACUUCUCAGAUGCGAAAGGCAGCCAACUGCAAGCAGUCGCGGAACAGACAGCGAACAGAAUGAUCCAGGGGGGUUGUCAGGCACUCGCAGAGUUUCCGGUGGAUUCCGUGAUGGAUACUGAGUGGUGCGAGGGGCUGCCAGAGUUGUUUCGGCCGCUGGCACACCUGUGUCCUCAGAGUUGUGGGUGCAACUUGUCUUCGGGGUCUCUUCCAAGCUAUUGCCCAGCAAGCUGCAACUUUUCCUCUCGUUAG